UUUGUCGCUGUUUUCACACAUUCGUCGUGACUGCUUUUGGAAGUUUCUUGAGUCCAAAUACAUUCUCUUACACAUGGCGUAGAAAGAAAAACUGUUUUUUUUUGUUUUGUUUUUUUAAUGGUCACGGCGAGGUACCAGUGACAGCUUGUCAUUGUGUGAAAGGAGGAAACGGCGGCACUUCCUCACCAGAGUGACUCAGUGCGCUUCAUAGCGCUGAAGAGCAGCCGUUAACGUUAGUUUCCGUUGACUCCUCUCUUUUUAGUCAUGUCGUCUCGGAGAGCGAUCAGUCUUGCGUGCGGCUUCGCCGGCGGAUCCGCGGUGCUGGUGUGCGCGGCGGUCGCGGCAGAUAAGCACGGCUACUUCGCAGACCGAUGCCGGUUAAGAGAGACUCUGGCUGCCGUGCAAGCAGCGCAGCCUCCGGCAUGGCCCACUGCGAACGGAUGGGAUUAUAAUUGGGACAAACGUGACCCCUCAUCUCUGGUGAACGGGAAGAGAAAGGAUAGUGCCGGCGACAGUGGAAGUCCAGAUGUGGAGAACAGCAAACCCAAAGCCACACGCCACAUCUUCCUCAUCAGACACUCUCAGUACAACCUCAAGGGGGAUGGAGAUAAAGAGAGGAUACUGACUCCUUUAGGACGUGAACAGGCUGAGUAUACAGGACAGAGAUUAGCGGCGCUCGGACUGAAGUACGACGUUCUCAUCCACUCCUCCAUGACCAGAGCUACAGAGACAGUCAACAUCAUCAGCAAAUACCUGCCAGGUACAGACUCAUUCUGAAGAAAACAUCGAUACACGUGAGUAUCGCGUUAUUUUGUUUGGCGAUACUGUAUCGAUUCUCAAAAACGCAAUAUA